AUGGGCGGUGGUCGGCGAUUAGCAACGGAGAUUGGCGGUGAUCGACGACAAUCAACGGUGGUUGACAGAGAUCAGUGGUGGUCGACGACGGUCAACGAUUUUUUACGACAAUCGAUGAAAGUCGGCCUUGGUCGGUGGAGAAUUCCCCGUGCCCCCAAGUUUAGGACUUCAAAAAACACCAACUUAACUGCCACAGGGACUCUUCAUCCCUCCGCCAUGAGAGACCUCACUUCCUGCUUCGGCGACCACGCCGUUAAAGUCUCCGACGCCUCCUGCUCCGGCAACACCAGCCACACCAUCUUCCCAACCUCCGCCGCCGGCUGCCGCAGCGCCACCAGCCACAUCGUUUCAACUGAUCAUCCUUCAUUCCAAAUCGCCACCACCUUCUUGUUCAAGUCGAAGCUCUCCUCCCGCAUGAAUCCCCUCGUCAUCAACCUCACCUGGUCGAGAAACCACACCUCCACCUCCCUCUCCGUCUCCUUCCCUGAAUUCCUCCAUUCAUGGAAGCCCACCUUUGUUACAAAGAAGAAAGGCACGCACUCCUUCAUCGCCUCCUCCUCAACCAUCAUCCUCCACUGGGACUUCUCCGCCGCCACCUUCAGCCAAGGACCGGACCCCAUUAACAACUUCUACGUCGUGGUCAUAGUUAACUCCGAAUUCGCUCUGCUUCUCGGUGACCAAAUUCAGAACUUUCUUCAGAAAUUCUCCCAAAAAUUCCAACUUGCAGAAUUCUCCAUGAUUUGCAGGAAGGAACAAGUGGUUGGCCGAACGCUGUAUUCAAUAUCCAGAGCUCGGUUCGGUGAUGGGGAAAAACUGGAACAUGAGAUCACCAUCAGAAGCAGAGGCGGCGCGGGAUUAGACGACGGUAAAGGCGCCGAGCUCUUGAUUUUUGUAGAUAAAAAGCAAGUGGUUCAUGUGACUAAACUGAACUGGAAUUUUAGAGGAAAUCAAACCAUUUUCAUCGAUGGCUCGCCUGUGGAUGUGAUGUGGGAUAUGCAUGGAUGGUGGUUCAGCGGCAUGGUGGGGCAAUCUGUGUUCAUGUUCAAGAAGAGGAGCUCGCUGGAGAGCAGAUUGUCGUUGGAAGAACAGGGGACUGUUGGUUUCUCUCUGCUUAUACAUGCUUUCAAGUCGCCAUAAUUGCCGUAAUCUUCUCUCUGUUUUUUCCUUUCUUUCUUAAGAUUAAUUAUUUUGAAUGGAUGAUGGAAUUUGGUUUGAUGCUCUAUUAGAUCUGGAUUAGAGGCAGUGUUUCUUUGAAUGACAAAAGG